AUGGGUUUAAAUAUGGCAAUAAAUCUGGAUGUACGUGAGCUAGUGGUGUUGGGAGAUUCCGAUUUGCUCAUUCAACAAAUUCAAGGUGAAUGGGAAACUAGAGAUAUCAAACUCAUUCCAGACAAACAAUGUUUAGAGGACCUCAGCAAAAGGUUUAAGUCUAUCGAGUUUAGAUAUAUUCCAAAAUUCCAUAAUGAGUUGGUUGAUACUCUGGCUACCUUAGCUUCCAUGCUCCCAUACCCAGGAAAUACGUAUAUCGACCCAUUGGAGAUACAGAUAAAAGAUCAACAUGGUUAUUGCAACAUAAUUGAUGCAGAGCCAGAUAAUGAGCCCUGGUACUAUGAUAUCAAAUGUUUCUUGAAGUCAAAAGAGUAUCCAAUACACGCCAAUGCCAAUCAAAAAAGGACUAUUAGGCGACUUGCUAAUGGUUUCUUCUUAAGUGGGGAGAUUCUAUACAAACGAACUCCAGAUUUGAACUUGUUGAGAUGUGUUAAUAUUCAGGAAGCUGAAAGAAUAAUGAAUGAGGUACAUUCGGGAGUAUGUGGUUCGCACAUGAAUGUCUAUAUUUUAGCAAAGAAGAUUACACGGGCAAAAUACUAUUGGUUGACUAUGAAGCGAGACUAUUUUUGUUUUGUUCGCAAGUGUCAUCAGUGCCAAAUUCACGGUGAUUGGAUUUAUUCACUACCUUCAGAGUUAUAUCCCAUGUCCGCUCCUUGGCCCUUUAUUUCUUGGGGCAUGGAUGUAAUUGGUCCAGUAGAACCAAAAUCUUCUAAUGGGCAUCGAUUCAUACUGGUCACUACUGACUAUUUCACCAAAUGGGUAGAAGCUGCUACUUGCAAAUCAGUCACGAAGAAAGCAGUAGUAGAUUUUGUUCAGUCCAACAUUAUAUGUCAUUUUGGAUAUCGUACAACUAUUCGUACAUCGAUUGGUGCAACUCCUUAUUUACUAGUCUAUGGGACUGAAGCUGUGAUACCUGCAAAAGUUGAAAUUCCUUUACUUCGAAUCAUUGUUAAAGCUGAGAUUGACGAUACUAAAUAG